UUGUGGUACGUUUUCCAUCUGGAACAAUUUUUCUGCAUCACCCAACAUUAUCAAAUUCCGUUUUAUUCAUGGAACUGAUAAGGUUAAUCUGUUGUCGUAGUGGAAAAUAUUAGAAAGUGACUUGUAAGUGGCUAGUCGCUAGUGUCUACCACGGCCUACCUCUACCUAGCGUCGAUUUCGUAAAUAAUGAUUGCACAGUAGUUCAGCUGUGUCGAAGACCGAGGACCUAGGAAUGUAUCUCAUGUAAUGCGUAGUGAAGGUUAUUUUCUAAGUUUUUCUUUUCGCCACUGACUUUCAUUUGUCUACGCGUCACGAUCCAGAUUGCGAACUGAUCAGAUUGAUCAUUCUGUAUCCGAUUUGACAAGUAGUGGAUUUCGGCGGUCAGUUUUAACUAUGGACCAUCACCAUCAUGUAGAAACAGCUAUACAAAAUAGUGAUGACUGCUGUACUGGUACUGAUAAUCCAACAAGCAGUGGUCAACAUAUGAUGCAUCAUAUGAUGUCGAUGUCAUUUCAUUUUGGCACUAAUGAAACUGUAUUGUUUGAUUGGUGGAAAUUUUCUACAACCAGUGGUCUUAUAUAUUCAAUGAUUGGAAUAUUUUUGAUGGCAGCAUUAUAUGAAGGAUUAAAAUAUUUUAGAGAAUAUUUGUUCUGGAAAUCAUACAAUGCUAUUCAGUACAGAUCAGUACAAAUUCCCUUAGAAAAAGGACCUAAUGAUCCUGUUACACAAAUGGUCGGAAAGGUGCUUUUAAAACAACCUCUGCCUACAAUGUUCAGUGUAACACAUUUGCUUCAAACAUUCCUGCAUAUUGUUCAGAUAUCUGUCAGCUACUUAUUGAUGUUGAUAUUUAUGACAUACAAUGUUUGGUUAUGUUUAGCCGUUCUAUUUGGCGCUACUUUAGGUUACUUUUUAUUUGGGUGGAAAAAAUCCGUUGUUGUUGAUGUUACAGAACAUUGUCAUUGAAACAAAUAUUUUUUACAAAUAAAAAUUCAUUUAUAUACUUAUUACCAUAAAAUGUAUACAAUAUUAUAUAAUUCUAAAAGAUAUUACAUGUUUAGUUUUGCUUAUAUCAGUUACUUUUUCACUGGUUAAUAAAGCAAUAAAUGCAGUAUGCCUGAUGCCUGAUUUUCAGGUUUUUUUUGUAAACUAUAACUUAUUGUUAAUUAUAAUUUGUUUGGGUGGGUAUUCAGUCCCAUCAUAUGUUUUAAGAAUAUAUUAUUGAAAACUCCAAAGUGACUUUUUUGAAAUAUUGAAAACAAAUGUAUACUUUUUCCAUGUGUUAUCGAAUAAAUUUUUGUAUUUUAUCUUUUAA